ACCUUAGUAUUGGAGAUGUGCCAAACCUCAUUAUAUAGCGCCCAUAAUCAAAAUCUAUAACGUCUCCAUCUUUCUGCUCCUAAUCGUCUGUCGCUGCAUAUAUUUCGGAAGAGAUUAAGCUUUUGGUUAUGGCGGAAAAUUCGUCUAAAAGGUUAGAAGGCAAGGUCGCCAUCAUCACCGGCAGCGCGAGCGGGAUUGGCGCGAGCUCAGCGAGCCUCUUCCACGAGCACGGCGCAUGGGUCGUGAUCGCCGACAUCCAGGACGAGCCGGGGCAUGCCCUGGCCGCGAAGCUGGGCCAGCGGGCCUCCUACGCCCACUGCGACGUCUCCGUCGAGGCCGACGUGCGCGACCUCGUGGAUGCCACCGUGGCCAAGCACGGCCGGCUCGACAUCAUGUAUAACAAUGCGGGGGUCCUCGACCGCCCCUUCGGGGGCAUCCUCGACAUGUCCAUGGCCGACCUUGACCGUGUCCUCCGCGUCAACCUCUACGGGGCCUUCCACGGGGCGAAGCACGCGGCGCGGGCCAUGGUGCCGCAGCGCCGGGGCUGCAUCCUGUUCACAGGAAGCAACUGCACGGCGAUUGCGGGGGUGUCGACCCACACGUAUGCCGCAUCGAAGCACGCGGUGGUGGGGCUGGCUCGGGGGCUGGCCGCGGAGCUCGGGGAGCACGGGAUAAGGGUGAACUGCGUGUCCCCGUUCGCGGUCUCGAGGACCGGGAUGUCGGGGCUGGGGAGGAUGAGCGAGGCCGAGCUGGCGAAGCUGGACGACGGGAUGAGGGUGAUGGGCAACCUGAAGGGCCGGGUGCUGGCGCCGGAGGGCGUGGCGCGGGCGGCGCUGUACCUCGCCAGCGACGAGGCGGACUACGUGAGCGGGCUCAACAUGGUGGUGGAUGGUGGCUACAGCGUGGUCAACCCGUCCAUGAUGAUGGCCCUUGCUGCGGGCCGUUCGAACGGGAAGGUUUGAACGUGCGAACUGCGGAUUUACGGGUCCCUGGGGAAAAGAGAUCGUGGCCGUUGUUUGUGCUGAAUAAGGAAGGGAUCGUGUGUCGUCGUGCGCCCUUGGAUUUGUGUUGUUGGUCUUGUGGUGCUUUUAUCUUUUUUCUUUGUCCCGCCGAAAGCAAUUUGAUUAGAUCUUUAAUCAAAUACCCUGAGCGGAUCUUUCAGAGUCCCAGUUUAGUUUUGGUCGGACUCGUGCUUCUUGUCUGUGUAUUUUAAGUAAAUCCAAGUACGUUAAGCACGGUAGAUUGAAUCCUAAUCCUACUUGAUG